AUGGGUGACGCCUUCGACGACGAGCCGACCUUUGAGUCGACCGACGCGAAUCUUGACGGCACCUCGCUCCUGAACGGCGAGUGGCUGCUUGAGCCGAUUGCCAUCAUCGGACUGGGCUGUAGAUACCCAGGGGCCGCGUCGACACCAUCGAAGCUAUGGACAGAGCUCGCAGCCGGGACCUCAGCAUGGAGCAAAGGCCCUCCUGGUGAGCGCUUCAACAUGGCGGCGUUCCACGAUGUGAAGAAUGCACAUUCAAGCACAACCAAUGCCGACGGCGGCCACUUCUUGUCCGAAGACAUUUCCGCAUUCGAUGCGACUUUUUUCGGCAUCCAUGGCGCCGAAGCCCGGGCCAUGGACCCUCAGCAGCGCCUUUUGUUGGAGGUGGCCUAUGAAUCAUUUGAGAAUGCCGGUGUGACGCCAGAUCAGCUCUGGGAGUCCAACACCGGUGUCUACGCCGGCCAGUGGACUUCGGACUACUCUGAAGUACUGGCCAGGGACACUGAGAACCAAGCCACGUAUCACGUCACCGGUGCUGGUCCUGCGAUUACAUCAAACAGGAUUUCAUACUUUUUCAAUCUUCUCGGCCCCAGCAUGACCGUAGAUACUGGUUGCUCUGCUAGUUUGGUUGCCUUGCACUUGGCAGUCCAGAGCCUGCGAUCUGGCGAGACCGAGAUGAGUUUUGUUGGUGGUGUCAAUAUCUUUGCCGACCCACAGCGUUUCACUUAUCAGAGCAAGCUCAAGAUGCUGUCAGACGCGGGCCGGUCUUUUCCAUUUGACCACCGCGCGAACGGCUACGGCCGUGGCGAGGGCGUCGCAGGGCUCGUGCUCAAGCCGUUAUCAGCGGCACUGCGCGACGGGGAUCGCGUGCGCGCCAUCAUCCGCAACACUGUUCUCAACCAGGACGGCCGCACUCCUGGCAUCACUGUGCCAAGUGGCGAAGCGCAGGAGCGGGCCAUCCGGCGUGCCUACAAGGAGGCUGGGCUUGACCUCCAUGCCGACUAUGUUGAGGCACACGGUACUGGCACAGCCGUGGGAGACCCCAUCGAGGUCGAGGCCAUCGCAUCUGCACUUUCCAAGAACCGCAACCCUACUGACAAGCUGCCGAUCGGCUCAAUUAAAGGCAACGUCGGCCACACAGAGAGUGCGGCUGGUUUGGCGGGUCUUAUCAAGGCAGUCCUCAUGCUCGAGAAGGGAUGUAUACCCCCUCAAGUCAAUUUUGAGAAGGCCAACAAGAAACUCCUAUUGGAUGAGUGGAAUCUGCGGGAACUGACUUGGAGACAACAGAUACCGUUGGCACUGGAGCCAAGAGAACUACGUCGGAUCUCGGUAAACAGCUUCGGUUACGGUGGCACCAAUGCUCAUGUUAUUCUUGACACUGCGAGAUACGUCCUCUCCAUUGACAAGAUCAGACCGGCUCCCUCGGCACCUCGACCACGGGCAUUCGUGCUAAGCGCAGGAAGCGAGAUAAGCCUUCAACUGUUCGCAGCCAACCUGGCGGCAUACGUCGCCGAGCUGGCUGCCAGAGGAACGGACGAGCGGCUCCUUGAUCGCUUGUGUUACACGCUCAACCGGCGGGGCGUGCACCGCCACCGGGUCGUCCUUGUGGCCAGCAACGCCAAAGACCUUGUUCAGAAGCUCCAAGACCUGUCAGAGAUGCCUGUCGAGCCGAGUCCGAAGCACAAGUCCCCUAGGCUUGCCUUCAUUUUUGGCGGCCAGGGCGCUCAGUACUUCAAUAUGGGUCGCGAACUGAUCAAUGUCUGGCCUGUAUUCACAGCUUCACUCCACAGAGCCAACCGUCAUCUGUCCACUUUGGGCUGCCGGUGGGAUGUGCUGGAAGAGCUGAACAGAACCGUGCAAGAGAGUCGGCUCGAUGAGCCGCGAUAUGGUCAGCCUCUUUCCACGGCUAUCCAGCUCAGCUUGAUCGACACCCUGACGAGCCUGGGAGUCCAGCCAAGUGCCGUGGCCGGCCACUCCAGCGGCGAGAUUGCGGCUGCCUAUGCCGCUGGCCUGCUGUCGUUCGAAGAUGCAAUGUCCGUUUCCUAUCACCGCGGCCGCCUCACGAGCGACCUCACCGCUCGCACCACCGAAAAACGUGGUGGCAUGGCUGCGCUCGGCGUGUCCUCCUGGGUCGCCGAGAAGUACAUCAACAGCCUUGGAGACGAUGCACGGAAGCUCACCGUUGCAUGUUACAACAGCCCUUCGAGUGUGACUGUCUCGGGCGAUGCAGAUGCGAUCGAGAAGCUGGCUGAGAUCCUGGCUACAGAAUCCGUCUUCCACAGACAGCUGCGGACGAAUGGCGCAGCUUACCAUUCAGACUGGAUGCGGCAGAUUGAGAAAGAGUACUCGGAAGCACUUUCGGGUAUAUCGACAUGGAAGCCCAAGCCGGGUGUUGCCAUGUACUCGUCAUUGACAGGGUCUCAGCUCGUGCCCUCGGACUUGAACAAACAGUACUGGGUCCAGAAUCUGGUCUCGCCUGUGCUCUUCGAGGACGCCGUGUGGAACAUGUGUGAGCCAGAAGGCGAUUCUCCGGCGAUUGACUUCAUCCUCGAGAUUGGCCCUCAUGCAACCCUCGAAGGACCCAUCAAGCAAACCAUCCAAUCGUUUCAGGGUCCUGCCACCGCGAUCAAGUACAUCGCAACGCUCAAGAGGAAGACCAAUGCUGCGGAAGCUCUCAUUUCCAGUGUUGGGCGACUCUUCAGCGAAGGCUUUGCCUGUGACUUCCACACUGCCAACAACGGUCACGAUGCGAAUCUUCCCGUAUUGCUCGAUGACGUACCAUCAUAUGCCUUUGACCACACACAGAAGUACUGGCACCACACACGACUCUCCGACGAGUACACCAACAGAAAGUUCCUCCCCCAUGAGAUCCUGGGGACUUUGUGCCCAGACGCGAAUAGCAUCGAGCCACGCUGGCGGUGCUAUCUGGACAAGAAUCGUGUGCCGUGGCUGAUGGCUCACGUCAUCGAGGGGCAAGUUGUCUUUCCCGCUGCAGGAUAUCUGGCAAUGGCUAUUGAAGCGCUGCGCCGAUAUAGAACAGCCGAUGACCCCUCCCGGCAGAUCAACGGUUACCAGCUCCACAAAGUCAGCUUUGGAAAUGCCCUGGUGAUUGACCCUGAGGCUGGCGGCACUGAAAUAAGCUUGUCGCUGCGCCCGGAAGCUCGCUCUGCACGGGGGUCGUCAGCACUCUGGAUGGAGUUCCGCGUCUUUACUGCGACAGCAGACAACAACUGGACGGAGCACUGUCGUGGACUGAUCUCUCCUGUUGAGGGCAGCGAUGCCUUGCUGCAGGAAUCUGACGUCCAAGGUGAGAUCCAGCGAGCCGUCAACGACAGCCGGGAGAACGUCAACCCCCGAAAGUUCUACUUCAAGAGUCAAGACAUCGGUCUGCAAUGGCAGGCGCCGUUCGAUGGCGUCACGAGUCUGAAGCUCGGCGCGGAAACCUCGAUAUGCACUAUUUCCAACGCCAAGGUAGAACACUUGGCCAGUCCUCAGUCAAAGACUCCCGAGUAUAUCAUCCAUCCGGCCACGCUCGACGCCGCGCUGUUUCAUGGCCUGUGCUCCAUGAUGGUGUUCAACCGCGACGUCAAGUCGGCCACAGUUCCUGUCUUCAUCCAGGACCUGCUUGUCUCUGGAAGUCACCAGGCCUCGGGGAGCUCCGUACUCACAUGCUACACCACUAGCGCCGAUGGUCCCCAGACAUUCGACGUAUUGGCACAAACUACCACCGGAAGCGAGACCAACCUUGUCUUCCACGGAGCUGGUAUCACUGUGGCCGUCUUGCCCGGAGACGUCCAUCUCGGUGCCGCCCCGAGGAGCCUGGGUCACUCCGUCGAAUGGGUCACCGACUGCGACGCGCUUACUGACAAGCGCAUCCAGGAGUUCCGUGCUGCGACCGUGUCUGCCGGCUCAGUCUUGGAGAUGAACGCCGAGGUCGACGUCCUGGUCAAGCACUACGUCAAACAAGCCCUCUCUGCUGUCCAGGGCACUGAGAUCCCAAGUGGUUACAAACAAGAUUGGUUCAACUGGAUGCAGCAGUAUGCAGGUAAAGGAACGGAGACUGAGUCCCCGACAACAACCACUUCUGCUCCAAGCUGGGAGCAUCUGGGCGUUGUCGGUGAAGCUGUUUUCCGCAUAGGCAGCAACCUCCCCGACAUCCUUCGGGGUGCCACGGAGCCCCUAGAGCUCCUGAGCCGCGACGAUCUCCUCACGGGGCUGUAUUCCGAAGAACGCGCUCAACGCUGCUAUGCCCAAAUGGGGGCGUAUAUCUGUGAGUUGUCCAAGCAAAAGCCCGGGCUGAAAAUCGUCGAGAUUGGCGCCGGCACAGGUUCUGCGUCUGAGCCGUUGCUGCGUGCCCUCGGUACAGAGGGUCAAGCCAUGGUGGAGAAAUACGACUUUACCGAUAUCUCGCCGGUCUUCUUCAAGGCUGCAAAGGAGAAGCUAGCAGACUUCCGAGACAUCGUGGGUUUCAAGGUUUGUGACCUCGAGCGCGAAGUGAGCCAGCAAGGGUUCCAACCACACAGCUACGAUCUUGUUAUUGCCUGCAAUGUCGUCCAUGCCACACGGUCAAUCACCGAAAGUCUUGAUCGCAUUCACUCCCUCUUGAAGCCAGGUGGAAAGUUCCUGUUGAUGGAGCUGACUAAGGUCGAGCCGUGCUACAACCUCAUCUUUGGGUCCCUCCCGGGAUGGUGGGCGGGCUCGGCCGAAGGGCGCUCGCUGUCUCCUCUGCUGUCGAAAGCAAGCUGGACCAGCAUUCUGAAGCAGCAGGGGUUCUCAGUCUCGCGUAACUCUUUCCAGGACUAUUCCGAGGCGGACGGCGGCCUGGUCGACGUCAUCAUCUCCCAGACAGCCCCGUCUUCUGGGAGCUCCGUGGCAUUCCCAGUCGAGGUCAUCUACGAGCAGUCUCUGGAACCGCAGCUUCCAGGACUUACACAGAGCCUGAAGCCCGAGAUUGGCAACCAUCUCGUGGCACUAGCCGACCUUCGAACCCAGGGGACCCCAAAUGUUAUUUCCGUGUUUCCUCCGGAGCUGUCGGACGCGUUGGCGGGAAGCGUCAACCCUGACUUAUUCCAGAGCCUCAAGCAGCGUCUUCUCUCCUCGCGCGCAGUCCUCUUCCUCACUCGCGGCGCCACUCAGCCCUGCCGUAACCCUGCCGGAGGCGUGAUCUCUGGCUUUGCCCGCACGCUGCGUCUUGAACAUCCCGCAGUCCGCAUCAUCACUCUGGACUUGGACCCGCGACGGACAGCCCAGCAGUGUGCCAGGAUCAUCGCAAAGGUUCUCAACAGUGCGUCUUUUGACUUCCUCUCGAGCCAGAACGAGGUGGAGACGGAAUUUUCCGAGUCGGAGGGCCAGCUGUAUGUGCCUCGUGUGACUUGUGAAGAGUCCAUCGACGCGUACAUCCGUGCUCUGAACCACGAGUCCAGCCCGGAAACCUUGCCGUUCUUUGAUGGCGACCGUGCUCUUACUGCUCGACUUGACGUGCCGGGCUUGCUCGACACCCUUCGCUGGGAAGAUGACAACAGGCCGGCAGAGCUCCAUCCAGAUGAGGUACAGUUCGAGCUCCGUGCUGCCAGUAUUAACUUCAAAGAUGUUCUCAUUGCUGCCGGGCAGCUGGAGGGCACGACAGAAAUGAAGAAUGACUGCAGCGGAAUCGUCACUGAUGUUGGCGCAAACAUGGUCGGCCGCUUCAAGAAGGGCGAUCGCGUCUGUGCCUACUACUCGCACUCAUACAGCAAUCGUCCGCGCGUCCACGGAGACUGCGUCGCCAUCAUGCCAGAUAAGCUCACUUUCGAAGAGGGCGCGUCUCUGCCUAUCGUCUGGGCGACCGUCUACUACUCUCUGGUCGACAAGGGUAGCCUAAGCCCCGGCGAGAGCAUCUUGAUCCACUCAGCUGCCGGAGCUGUCGGUCAGGCGUCCAUCAUCCUGGCCCAGCACUUGGGCGCCGAGGUCUUUGUGACGGUGAGCAGCGAAGAGAAGAAACGCUUUCUCAUGAGCACCUACAAUAUCCCCGAAGACCACAUUGCGUCAAGUCGGUCGACCGCCUUUGGCAGGACGUUCCGCAGAAUGACUGGCGGCAAGGGGGUCGAUGUUGUCCUUAACUCGCUCGGCGGGGACAUGUUCCGCGAAUCGUGCAACAUUGUCGCGCCUUAUGGUCGCUUCGUCGAGAUCGGCCGCAAGGAGUUCCUCGAGGACAUGCUCAUGCCCAGCAGGUUCCUGCUCAAGAACAUCACCUUUGCAUAUGUCGACCUGGCCCUCUUGAUCGAGGACAAGAAACCACUUGCCAAACGCAUUCUACAAGAUGUCAUACGACUUAUGGAUAGCGGAGCGGUCCGCCCAACGUCCAUUAUCAAUAUGCCCAUCUCCGAGAUCGAGUCUGCAUUCCGCCUGAUGCAGACUGGGCAGCAGAUUGGAAAGGUCAUUCUUUCUGUGCAAGAAAAUCAAAUGGCUAAGGUCAUGCCUCGCCCGCCAGCUGUGGCAAGCUUGGCCGCGGACGGUACUUAUCUCGUUGUCGGGCUGGGCGGUAUCAGUAAGGCUAUCGUCCGCUGGAUGGCACAACGCGGUGCCCGCCGGAUCGUGGCUGUGUCACGUUCCGGUAUCAUUGGCGCCGCGGCCGUCACUUUGGUCGAGGAUCUGCAAGCCGCUGGCGUCGAAGUUGUCAUCAAGCGCUGCGACGUGUCAUCUUUGGCUCAGGUCCAGACGCUUGUGGCAGAAAUCGGCCCGAUCCGCGGAGUUGUGCAUUCAGCAAUGCUCUUGGAGGACGGUCUCUUCGCGAAUGUGACUCGCGAUCAGUGGACCGCUGUGCAGAACCCCAAGAUCGCUGGAUCAUGGCACUUGCACAGUGUCCUGCCUCAUGACCUCGACUUCUUCGUCAUGUUGUCUUCGGUCGUUGCAGUGAGUGGAAACGCUGGCCAAUCCAUCUACGGAGGUGCCUGUGCAUAUCAAGAUGCACUCGCUCACUUCAGGAGGCACCGGGGCCUUACCGCUCAUUCUCUCAACCUCGGCGUCGUCAUCGACAGCGGGUUUGUCAGCGACGAGCCUAAAGUUGCUGCAUCUCUCCGCAGACAGGGCUUUGGCACGAUCACAACUGAUCAGCUGCUCGCGAAUCUCGACUACAUCCUAGUUCGCGGAAAUGGAGACGCUGCCUCGAAGAGUCAGACCCUCCUUGGUCUCGUCCCCCGCGGCAACGAGCGAGGUCUGCGCGAGGCCGAGUGGAUCAAGGAUUCCAAGUUCCGCCACCUGACGAACCGGCAGCGAGGCGCGAACAAGUCCGGCAAGGGGCCUAGUGGUUCCGACACAUCGCUGUCUAUCGAUCUGGAGGGUGACAUACCGGGCCAGAUCUGCGAUGCGAUCAUCAAACAGCUUGGCAAGCUCCUCGCCAUGCCCGUCACGCAUCUGAAGCAGGACCGCAGUCUGAACGAGUAUGGUGUGGACUCGCUCGUGGCUGUGGAGCUCCGGAACUGGAUUGGUGUCUUCCUGCAGGCGAACAUUACUUUGCUCACGUUGCGGAACACGAGCAUCUUCGAGGUGGCAAAACAUAUUGCGAAGGAUUCUAGGCUGGUAGCCGCCUGAGGCUAGAGGAUGUUUGACCCAAAUUGAUAUUCAGCGG